AACAAAACUAUAUUCAUAAUUUUGACAUUUCCAGCGUGUGUUGUUGUACAGUGACCACUUUUAUUUUUGUUAACUGUACUCAAUUUUUAUUAUUUUCUUUCAUGGCUUUUCCAACGCUCAGUGCACAACAAGAAACAAAUAGAAAAAUCCUCGAAGACCUUCAAAUAAAAAAGCAACUACUGCAGAAGGGCGUAUCGCCAGUUUUGCCAAGUGCUAUUUCGGGAAUCAGCCCUGUCCCAGGCCCAAGUCCGGUCCCUCAAAUGAAUCAACCUCAACUUAUUCCAUCACCAAGCACUGAAUUUAGCCAAAUAUCGGCAAUCAGAGGAGCCCCCUUCAAUCUAACCAACGCUCCCACAUUUGGUUUCUUCGUGCCGCAGGAUUCGUUUUAUGGAAAUAGUUUCCUCCCAGUUCUGCCCCGCCUCGAACCCCUCCCCGGCACCCCACAAAAAUAA